CCCCAGAAAACUUCAGAGCUUUGCCCAAAAACACCAAAAAGGCGGCAGCGGGCGCCUCGGAGGAAGACGACGACGACCCUCCAAAGCAAGCACACGAGAGCUCCCCACCUCCCCCCCCACGAGCUCGUGCUCUCUUCCUCCCCAAAACCCUAGUCCCCCUCCCCAAGUCCGGCUGCGCUCCCAAUCUCCACCGCCGCGGCGCCGCAAUGUCGUCGUCGAGGCCGGCGCGCUCCAGUAUCUCCCCAUUCCGAUCCCGCCGCUCGGCUCCGGCGGCGUCGGCAGCGGGACCUCCUCCGCCGGCGAGGACCUCAUCUGGAGGCCGCCCGUCCACCCCCUCCUCUACCGCCUCUGCGCGACCCACCACCCCCUCCUCCUCCGGUGGCCGCCCCGCUACCCCGUCCGCCGCGUUCGCGCGCCCCACCACCCCUUCAUCGUCCUCGGCGCGGCCCGCCACGCCGUCCUCUACCGCUUCCGCGCGGCCCACCACGCCCUCGUCGAUCUCCUCGCGCGCCGCGGGGAGGGCGCCGCUCGUGGACCCGGCCAAUGCCAAGGAGAACAUCAUGGUCACCGUCCGCUUCCGGCCCCUCAGUCCUAGAGAGAUCAACAAGGGGGACGAGGUGGCGUGGUAUGCGGACGGCGACAACAUGGUACGCAACGAGUAUAACCUCAGCAUUGCCUAUGCUUUCGAUAAAGUGUUUGGCCCUGCUACUACAACUCGCCAUGUAUAUGAUGUUGCUGCUCAGCAUGUUGUGAGUGGUGCCAUGCAAGGAAUCAAUGGAACUGUUUUUGCAUAUGGUGUAACUAGCAGUGGGAAAACUCACACCAUGCAUGGAGAACAAAAGUCACCUGGAAUCAUUCCAUUGGCAGUGAAGGAUGUAUUCAGCAUUAUUCAAGAUACACCUGGACGAGAGUUUCUUCUGCGGGUUUCGUAUCUUGAAAUUUACAAUGAGGUUAUCAAUGAUUUACUAGAUCCAACAGGGCAGAAUCUCAGAAUUCGAGAAGACGCACAGGGAACUUAUGUGGAAGGGAUUAAAGAAGAGGUUGUUUUAUCACCUGCACAUGCGCUCUCUCUAAUAGCAUCUGGAGAAGAACACAGGCAUGUUGGAUCAAACAACUUCAAUCUUGUCAGCAGCAGGAGUCACACUAUCUUCACGCUGACCAUCGAGAGCAGCCCCUCUGGUGAAAAUGAAGCAGAAGAAGAAGUCAAGUUGUCUCAGUUGAACUUGAUUGACCUUGCUGGAUCUGAGAGUUCCAAAACUGAAACAACUGGUUUACGACGCAAAGAAGGUUCAUAUAUAAACAAGAGUUUGCUCACCCUUGGAACCGUAAUUGCUAAACUUACAGAUGGUAAGGCCACUCAUAUUCCUUAUAGAGACUCAAAGCUCACACGCUUACUUCAGUCUUCUCUGAGUGGGCAUGGACGCAUAUCUCUCAUUUGCACAGUUACACCUGCAUCCAGCAACAGUGAGGAGACACAUAAUACAUUAAAAUUUGCCCACAGGAGCAAGCAUAUUGAGAUAAAAGCUUCCCAAAACAAGAUAAUAGACGAGAAGUCCUUAAUAAAGAAGUAUCAAAAGGAGAUAUCCAGCCUAAAAGAAGAGCUACAGCAACUCAGGCGUGGUAUGAUGGGAAAUGGUGGUAUUCUCCCUACGGAUCAAGAGGAUCUUGUUAAUUUAAAACUUCAGCUUGAAGCUGGGCAAGUCAAACUUCAAUCGAGGCUAGAACAGGAAGAGGAAGCAAAAGCAGCACUGAUGGGUAGGAUUCAGCGGCUAACAAAAUUAAUAUUGGUAUCAACCAAAAGUUCGAUAUCCUCAAAUGUUUCUGGAAAGACUAACUUCCGUCGACGGCAUUCAUUUGGGGAAGAUGAGCUUGUGUAUUUGCCUGAUCGAAAGCGGGAAUACUUUGUAGACGAUGAUGAUGAUGUUAGUCUUGAUUCAGAGCUUUCGCUUGAAGGGAAACUUGAUCUGAACAAUCCAGAUGAGUCAUCCAGGUUUGGCAGAAGGAACCGCAAACGUGGAAUGCUUGGGUGGUUUAAACUAAAGAAGUCUGACCAAUUAUCAGGGCUAUCAUCCAGUGUGGAUGGUGAUAGCACUGCUAGCGGCUCACCUUCAUGCUCAAAAUCAUCACAACAAAAACACUUACUGCUUGACCUGAAGGAUGGUCGAAGGAAAUCUAUGACUAGGAAAGGAGAUGACCCAGCACUUGCCGAUUCUUUUCUUGAAAGGACUCAAGCUGGUGAUUUAUUUAGUGCUGCGCCCAGAGCACGACACCCUCUGCCGAGUGGAACGACCAUCGUGGAUCAAAUAGAUCUUCUACAAGAGCAGGUCAAAAUGCUGGCUGGGGAAGUUGCACUUUGUACCAGCUCACUCAAAAGAUUGACAGAGCAAGCAACCAACAACCCUGAUGAUUUGCAAAUUCAGGAGCAAAUUGAGAAGUUGAAAGAUGAAAUCACAGAAAAGAAAUCACAUAUACAUAUGCUAGAGCACCGGAUGGUGCAAUCACUGGAAACUACAGAAGACCCAGCAAUUAAGACAGAGUUGUCCCAGACCUUUUCAAAGUUGAGCACGCAGCUGAGUGAGAAGACAUUUGAACUGGAGAUUAUGUCUGCUGAUAAUAGAAUUCUUCAAGACCAGCUACAAGCAAAGGUUACAGAAAAUGCAGAACUCCAAGAAAAAGUUGCACACUUGAGGCAAGAAAUCAGUAAUUUAUCGAAGGCUGCAAAAAGUGAGGAUAGUUUUGCAAGUGUGCAGUCUAGUGAACCAUCAACGGCUAGCACUGAUGCUAGGGAUCAAGAUCAAGCAAAUGAAAUCUCAAACCGUGCAAAUAUGCCUUCUAGAACAACUGACUUAAAUGAGUCAGGAUUUGUAUCUCAAGUGCUCAAGCAGGCUUCAGAAAUUGAAAGUUUGAAGCAAGAAAAUCUGAGGUUGGUGGAAGAGAAGGAUGGACUGGAAAUUAAUAGUCAUAAGCUGGCAGAGGAAUCAUCCUAUGCUAAAGAAUUGGCAUCUGCUGCUGCAGUUGAACUAAAGAAUUUGGCAGAAGAAGUCACUAGGCUUUCUUAUGAAAACGCAAAGCUGAAUGCAGACUUAGCUGCGGCAAAAGAGCUAAAUGCAUCAAUGUCAAGAAGUAACAUUCACCCUGAUCCAAAGCGACGUGAUCAUGAGAGCGGAAUUUUAGUUGAGGAGUUGCAGAAAGAGUUGGUUGCUAGUUGUCAAAGGGAGGCUGUGUUAGAGGACACACUAUCUAAAAAAGACCGAAGAGAGACUGAGCUUCUAAAGAUUAUUGAUGAUGCAAAAUGCCGUGAGCAUGAGAUGGAAAACGAACUGGCAAGCAUGUGGGCCCUUGUUUCGAAGAUAAAGAAAGAAAACUCUCAACAGGAUGUGUUUGAAUUCAAAGCAAAGCAAAACGGCUUUCACUCAUCCAAGACUGAUAGUGGCAGACUGGCAAGUGAAAUGCAAGCUUCAGAUAAUGGGAGCUGGGAUGGCCUCAGUACUUUUGAAGAAGCAAGAGCUGCAUACAAUUAUGAAAGAAUGCGCUGCAAAGAAUUGGAAAGCGUCGUGUCCAGAUUGAAGGGUGAGGACCUCAGGGGCCUAGAUAUUAAAGUCCUUGAAGAGCUACAAAAUUUCCAUGUCGAAGCACUGUCAAGGAUCUGCCAAGAGAAGAUGGCAAGUCAGGCGCUAUAGCAAAAGCCUUGCCUGAGACGAGAAGCCGCUUUCAUGCAGGCUAGAGCUUCUUUCUCAGUUCUCCCUUGAAGCCCGUCGCUCUGAUGUUUCACUCACAAUUUCACAUCGUUGCUGCUACCCCAACCGGGGCAACAUUAUUGAUUAACCCGCAUUUGGACACUGAUUCCUGCGUUUAACCGGCAGAAAACGAAGCAAAAUACGGUUAGAUAGCAGGCGCUGAUGAUCACUAGUUAGCAUGCAGAUACUCGCCUCCUUGUACAGCUUAUUAAAGAUAGUAGCAGUAGGACUGUUGUAGUAGUAGUACCGGAUUGUAUUUAUACUGCUAAUAUAGGAGCUGGGAAAACCCGAAGAUGGUGUUUCUGUUGUACCUGGACCGUGCUCUGCCCAAACAAACCGUAGUAAACCCCGAACGGACGCUGAUGUAGCUUUGGCAACUUGCUGUUGAUGUGAUGCAUGACUGCCGUGCACCUGGCGCCGUGCGUGCCCGAAUCGCAAGGUUGACUUCAGCCGGGAGCACGGCAGCGGUGUGCUGCCACACGGAUCUGCGAUUAUUAAGCUACGGAUUAUCAUGUGGUGUGUCA